AGUUAGACAUGAAAUAGCAGAGCAGGUUAUACAUCUUCAGGAUCAAAACCCACCUCCCUGAACCUAGCACCAGAACAUACCUCCAGAACAACACGCUCAGGUGUCAUUAUGGAGCUGGAGGACGAGCCGCUGUUGUUUCAGACAGGCUGGGAGGGGGAGGAGGAGGACGAGGAGCAGGGGGGCGAGGAGGCAAGCCACAGCCCGGGGGACGGCGGGGUGGGGGGAGUGUGGAGGGUCGUGGGCUGGGUCUACACAGUGCCCUGGGUGAGUGGAGUGGUGCUGGGAGCCGGAGUCCUACUGCCCUGUGCCCUCUCCGCCUACAUGUUCCUCUACUGCCCCCCGCUGGACAUCGACCUCUCCUACAGUGCCUUCGAGGUCCACAGCCACUUCUCGGCCGAGCGCUUCGAUGCUCUCGCCAUCGCCGUGAAGAGUCAGCUGGGCUCGUGGGAGCGGCACCGCUGCGACCCGGACGACUACGACACCUCGGCGCUCCGAGACCUCCUCCUGCAGGGACUGGGCAAGCAGGGGACAGGCGCGUCCGAGGGCUCGCACCCCGAUGGGCUCAACGCCACGUCCGCGAGGGAGAGCGCCCUCACAGGCGGCGCCCGUCGGAGGAGGGGAGCUCCGGCGAGGCUCGGAGGCCGAGCGGAGGUCGGAGGUCGCGUGGGCGGUCCCUCCGGGGGGGAAGGAGACGGGAGCCGAGGGAGAUCAUUACUCAGGGAGCGGAGGCUCGCGUCCAGCUACUCCUACCAGCAGAGCCAGGCCCUAUGGAGGAUGGAGCUGGUGUUUGUGGCUCAGGGCGGGGCCGGGGACAACAACAUCUUCACCCCCGAGCGACUCAGUACCAUCCACAGCGUGGAGCGCCUCCUCAUGCAGCACCCCCAGUUCCAGCAGUUCUGCUGGAAGCCCCUGGAGGCUCUGAGGGAUCUCCCUCUGGGGCCGUCCUUCUGCUCCCCUCCCAGCUCCCUCCUCUCCUACCUCUUCCCCAGCGAGCGCGCCGACAGGAUCUACUACGACGGCAUGGGCCCCGACCUGGCAGACAUCCAGGGCGCCCUGAGUCUGGCCAUGAUCCACCCUCAGUUCUACUGGUACGUGGACGAGAGUCUCUCCCCGGAGCGUCUCUCCUCCUCCCUCCUGAGGAGUGAGAUCCACUUCGGGGCACCCCUGCCCUCCUUCUACUCUCUGCAGGACCGGCCGGCGGAGCAGAGGAGGCGCUUCAGGGACUUUGUGGUGCAGUACGCUGACAUCCUGGCCCGGCAGUCCACCAGCCAGGUGAGGGUUCUCUAUGGAGGGACAGAGCUGUUUGAUAACGAGGUGAGGCAGACGUUCCACAGUGACAUGCUCCUCGCUCUUAUCAGUGGAGCCUGCAUCGCUGUGCUGGUCUACAUCCUCACCUCCUUCUCUGUGUUCCUGUCCUUCUUUGGCUUGGCUAGCAUUGGUCUGAGCUGCUUGGUGGCUCUGUUCCUGUACCACGUGGUCUUUGGCGUGAGGUACCUGGGUAUCCUCAACGGAGUGGCCGCCUUUGUGAUCAUCGGUAUCGGCGUGGACGACGUGUUUGUGUUCAUCAGCACCUUCCGGCAAGCCUCUCACCUGGCCCUGCCACUGCAGCGCAUGGUCUACACGGUCAAAACGGCGGGUCGAGCCACCUUCCUCACCUCCUUCACCACCGCGGCGGCCUACGCUGCCAACACCUUCUCUCAGAUCCCAGCUGUGCAAGACUUUGGUCUGUUCAUGGCGCUGAUAGUGAGCUGCUGCUGGCUCUGGGUGUCCCUGCUCAUGCCUGCAGCCUUGUGUGUCUGGAGCCAGGCUGUGGAGGGGUACGAGAACGCCUGGUGGAGGUGGUUGAAGACGCUGACAGGUCUGUCUGUGCUCCACAGUCCAUUGUCAGAUGGGGAUGAUGACGUGGCCCUCCUGUCAGUAGAGAUGGAGCCAGAGUCCUGUGAGCCAGAUGUGGACAUCCUGUCUCUUUCCCUGGAGGCCUCCCCCUCCCCUCAGACUGGCGCUGGGGUGGUGAGCGCCAAACUCCAGUGGGCGCUGAAGCGCUGGGUGGCAGAGCCCGCCGUGGAAAACCGCAAAACCGUUCUAGGUGUGUAUUUGCUGGUCCUGCUGGUGUCUGCUGGCUGCUGCUGUCUCCUGAGACCAGCCACCCAUGCUCCGCUCCUGUUUCGGCCAGACACCAACCUCCAGACCCUGCUGGCCCUCCGGAACAACCUCAGCGGUCAAGGCAUCGCCUGCCACAUGUGUUCCGGUGUGUUUAUGGAGAAGCCUCACUAUCUACACACCAACGCCCACUCUGGCUCUUCAUCACCUGGCAGCCACCUCCACCACGAUCCUGCCAGCCAGUCUCCCCAGAGCCCAGCCAAGCCCAGCUCCAAGUCCAACACAACAGGCCCCCUGCUGACGGUGUACGUCUUCAAGUUAGACGCGGGGGUGUCUGUGAGUCGGUACCGCUACUCUGUCAACGCCAGCGUGCCCUCGCCCUGGAGGGCCCUCGGCUCCGGACACGGAGACGUGCCGUCCUUCCUGGCUUACAGAGGACCCAACAGCAACUACAGCACCCGCAUGACGGUGUGCGUGUCCCACAUCUACCAGCCCCACGCUAGCUGGAUGCUCACCUCGCUGGCGUGCGACCCGCACCACGGCUGGAGGUCAGAGUUCAGCUUCUACGUGGCUUCGAGCCCGCAGCAUCACAGCAGGAGACUGUACUACGCCCAGCACCGGCUCAGUCCUCACCCCAGCAGAGUGUGUGCUGAGCCCCCAGGCUGUGUGUUCGGCUCCGGGCCUGAUGGAGCAACGCAAGGCUCCUUCUAUUCGCCACUCUCCAGUAAGCCAGAAGCAGCCACGACGCAUCAUUUACAUACCGCCACCAAGUCAAAGACCUCUGGCUUCAACCCCUGUAGUGGAGGUGGGUGUGGCCAGCCAGCAGUACGCCCCCUGGUGGACACAGGAGCCAUGGUGUUUGUGGUGUUUGGUAUUCUGGGAGUCAACCGCACACAGCGCACAGACAACCAUGUCAUAGGGGAUAUGGGUAGCAUCAUAUUGGAUCCAGAAUUUGACAUCUUCAAGGAAAUUGGGUAUCUCUGCAAACUGUGCAAAGCCAUCAGUGCUAACACAGAGCUGGUCAAGCCGGGGGGGGCACAGUGUCUACCUUCAGGAAACAAGCUGUCAUCUAUUCUGCCUCUCCUCCACCCUGAAUGUCACGCGCUCCCCAAGCCCAACCUCCUGCCAGGCCAACUAUCUCACGGGACUGUAGGGCUGAGCGCUGGCAGGGUGCGCUGGCUGUCCAUGGCCUUCGAGUCUACAACCUACAAGGGAAAAUCCUCCUUCCAGACACAUUCAGACUUUCUUCAGUGGGAGAACUUCCUGCAGGAACAGCUUGCCACCCUCCCACAAUCCUCUGCUCUGCGUCGAGGUUUCCAGACAUGCGAACACUGGAAGCAGAUCUUCAUGGAGAUCAUAGGUGUCGAGAGCGCCCUCUGCAGUCUGCUGUUGUCCCUGGUGAUCUGUGUGGCAGCUGUGUCUGUGUUCACUGCCCAUCCCCUCCUGCUGCUUCCCAUCCUGUUCACCAUCCUGGGGGUGAUCUGUCUGGUGGUGGCGAUCAUGUACGUACUGGGCUGGGAGAUGGGGGCUGUGGAGGCCAUCUCGCUCUCCAUCCUGGUGGGCUCCUCGGUGGACUACUGUCUGCACCUGGUGGAGGGCUACCUUCUGGCGGGGGACAGUCUGCCAGAGACCCCCUCUCACAGUCUGGAGCUUCCAGCUAAGCGGCGGAGGCGGGCUCUCGAGGCAGUCAACCACGUAGGCGUCGCCAUAGUGUCAAGCGCCGUCACCACGGUGAUCUCAACAGUCCCCCUUUUUUUCUGUGUCAUUGUGCCUUUCGCCAAAUUCGGCCAGAUCGUGGCCAUCAACACAGCGGUGUCCAUCCUGUUCACCCUGACUGUGACGGCGGCCAUGUUGGCCACCAUGGCUCCGCCCUCCUUCAGCAGGCCCCCCAGGGCCGUGCUCAGGGCCGGCCUGGCUGUCAUGGCGACCGCGGGCCUCGGAGCGGCUCUCUGCUGGGCAGGAGGGCUGCUGGGGCGAGGCACCUGGCACGCCUUCACAAUGUGA